AUGUCCAGCCCCUGCAAGAGCCUGGAUGAACACAGAGGCAUUGCUGAGAGUCCCGCUCACAGAGAGACGCCCCGGUUUCGCAGUUGGAGCAGCCUGCGCUUCUCAAGAUGGAGGAGCGGGAGCCAGAGGAGCCCACCAUCCACCCCCUCCCCAAAAGGAGACAAACGCAGCGACGUGACCAAAACUCUUUUCACCCUGGUCAAAACCCACAACGAUAACUACACAGCAGAUCCAGAUGGUUUACUCGAAACUAAUGGAGAAGGGUGUGUUGAAGAGGUUUUGGUUGAAGAUCAGUCCGGCUACUUCCACAAGCAGUUUGGGUCCAUGCUCCAGCCAGGGGUUAACAAAUUCUCCCUGCGUAUGUUUGGGAGCCACAAAGGGGUCGCAGCCGAGCAGGAGAGGGUCAAGUCUUUUGGAGUGUGGAUAAUUCACCCCUACAGUGACUUCAGGUUUUACUGGGACCUUGUCAUGCUGAUUUUAAUGAUGAGUAACUUGGUGAUAUUGCCAUGGGGAAUCACAUUUUUUGAAGACCAGAAUACACCUCCUUGGAUCACAUUUAACGUCCUCUCUGACACUCUCUUUUUGCUAGACUUAAUUUUUAACUUUCGCACGGGGAUUUUGGGAGAGGACAGCCACAUCAUUCUGGAUCCUAAAGAGAUACGCUUGCAUUACCUCCGCACCUGGUUCGUGGUAGACUUUGUUUCUUCGAUCCCGGUGGACUAUAUUUUUCUGAUUGUGGAUCUGGAAAGGUUGGUGGAGUCGACGGACGUGUACCGCACUGCUCGUGCCCUCCGUAUUGUCCGCUUCACCAAAAUCCUCAGCCUUCUGCGGCUACUUCGACUGUCACGACUCAUUAGAUACAUCCACCAAUGGGAGGAGAUCUUCCACAUGACCUAUGACCUGGCCAGUGCCGUGGUGCGUAUCGCAAACCUGAUCGGGAUGAUGCUGCUGCUGUGCCACUGGGACGGCUGCCUGACCUUUAUGGUGCCUAUGCUGCAGGACUUCCCCCCGGACUGCUGGGUGUCCAAGAACAAUAUGGUGAACUCAACAUGGCAUAUCCAGUACUCGUACGCCCUCUUCAUGGCCAUGAGCCAUAUGUUGUGUAUCGGGUAUGGCGCUCACCCCCCAGAGGGCAUGAGUGACGUCUGGCUCACUAUGAUCAGUAUGGUUGUCGGGGCAACCUGCUAUGCCAUGUUCCUGGGUCACGCAACCAACCUGGUCCAAUCCCUGGACUCCUCACACCGCCAGUAUCAGGAAAAGUACAAACAAGUGGAGCAGUACAUGUCCUUUCACAAACUGCCAGCAGAUGUCAGACAGAGAAUCCAUGACUAUUAUGAGCAGCGCUUUCAAGGCAAAAUGUUUGAUGAGGACAGCAUCCUCGGAGAGCUCAGUGACCCUCUGAAGGAGGAAAUUGUCAGCUAUAAUUGCCGUGGACUGGUUGCCAACAUGCCCUUGUUUGCCAACACAGAUCCACACUUUGUGACCGUGAUCCUGACCAAGCUCAGGUUUGAGGUCUUUCAGCCUGGAGACUACAUCAUCCGCGAAGGGACGCUCGGUCGGAAAAUGUACUUCAUCCAGCACGGUGCUGUCACAGUCAUGCCACGAGGCACUAAGGAGAUUAAGCUCAAUGAUGGAGCGUAUUUUGGGGAGAUCUGCCUGCUGACACAGGGACGGCGCACGGCCAGUGUGCGCGCGGACACAUACUGCAGACUGUACUCUCUGAGCGUGGACAGUUUUAAUGAGGUUCUGGAGGAGCAUCCACUGAUGAGACGAGCCUUCGAAAGUGUUGCUGUGGACCGACUGGGACGGGUCAUAGCCAAAACCAGGAACCAGUCUGCCCCAACAGAGUGA